AUGCAAUGUUUUGAUUUUAGAUAUAUUCGUGAAAUAAUAAGAGAAAUGACAUCAACAAAACCAAUUGCAGUAGUUAUUGGCGUAGGUCCAGGUUUGGGAGCAGCAUUAGCCAAACGAUUUGCAACUGGUGGUUACUCCAUUGGUCUUAUUGCACGAAAAGAAAGUAGUUUACAACCUGUACAAAAAGAACUCGAACAACAAGGUCAUACAGCUUUGAGUGUUACAGCUGAUGCUGGUGAUAUAUCAUCUGUAAAAAAUGCUUUUAAUACAAUUCGAGCAAAAUUUGGCAAGGAUCCUGAAGUAUUGUUAUACAAUGCUAGUGGAUUUCUUUAUAAAAGUUUGUUGGAUUUGAAACCUGAAGCACUUCAAGAAGCACUUAAUAUCGGCGUUGUUGGUGGUUUAGUUGCCAGUCAAGAAGUUCUUCCAAGCAUGAUCAAAAAUGGCAAAGGAACAAUAUUGUUUACUGGUGCAACGGCUAGUCUUCGUGGUUCAGCCGAAUUUGCUGGAUUUGCUGCAGCAAAAUUUGCUUUACGUGCAUUAGCUCAAUCGAUGGCUCGUGAAUUCGGUCCAAAAGGUAUUCAUGUUGCUCAUAUAAUUAUUGAUGGAUUAAUUAAUACACCUAGUCAAGUUCAAAGUCAACCUAACAAAGAUAUUGAAUCAUUUCUUAAUAGUGAUUCGAUUGCUGAGACAUAUUGGCAAUUACAUAUUCAACCUCGUUCAACAUGGACACAAGAACUUGAUCUUCGUCCUUCAGUAGAGCCAUUUUAA